GAACCGGGGCCAGCAGGUACAAGUAAAUACCUGUGCUUGGUAAUCCGGUGGGGGAAAAAAAUGACGACUAACUCACGGUCGGGGCCCAGGGUCCCGUCCGACAUCUCUCAAAGCCCCAGUUGCUCGCGAGAGACCCUAACGUACUCUUCAGACAACGGAACUUGGACCACACCUUACAUUUUUUUGCAUUUUUUUAAAAAAAUUUUACGACCAGUCGGUAAAUCUUUGACGUGUCACGUUACAGUGAAGUGAUAGUUGUUAAAGAUUUUUUAAAACAAUCAGUGCCCUAAGACAUUUUUUAAACUAGGAUAUUAAUCCUAGAUGUCAACAAACAGCCUAAGAAAUAACGAUUGAUUUUCAAGUGCUUUUGUAUUAUCAAAGUGCAUAAGACUUUCAAGGUGAUAGAAAUAGUUAUAACGUGGACAUUUAUCUACAUGUGGUGACUUGACACUUGUCAAGGACUAUUGUGAUUUAUGUUUAUACGGAAAACGCUAUUUUAUAAUUGUACCGUGGAGUAAAAGUUCAAGGUCAAUGUGGAAUCAAUUGGGGAGACCCAUUGUUUGAGUAGUCUAUAAACUUGUUUAUCAAGGGUGUAAAUGUUUGUGAAACAGGUAUUUUGAACUUGAGGGGGUUGUUAAAAUGCCGAAAAUAUUUUUAAUUAAAAACCGUUUGCACCAACAACAAUUAAGGUUGUUGGAAGCACAACAUUUGAGUAAAUCGCCGCCUAAUGGAAAGGAUAGUCCAUUAAGUACCGAACCACUCAGUCUUAUUGUUAAUAAACAUCAGUAUCGCGAUAAAACAGAGGACGAUCGUGCGACAACGCCUGAAUCUGUACGCAGCAAUAGUCCAGCAGUAUCACCACCACCACAAUGGCAACCAACAUCCACACCCGCGAAUCCAACCUCGACACCAAGGCGUUUUAUAUCAAGUAUUUUAGGCGGUGAUGUCCCGUACGGAAGUCGUACGCACGUACUUACGCGUGCUGAACGUAAAGAAUAUGGAAGUCCAGCGAUUGUACCAACGGGAGACAAGUUUCCACGUAAAGCUGAUAAAAUUGAAUUACCUAGACCACCGACUCCUCCCAAAACACCACGAGUUGAACCUCCGACGAGAGUUUCGGUGAUACAGCGGGUGCCACCUCAGACCCAACCUCCUAGACAGGAGCAUACUAAAAUAGAGAUACCGCGGACAACGGAACCAGAACAGGAUCAGCCAAUUGACUACGCGGUGCCGAAAAAAAAUAAAGAUGAAGAUCAGGAUGAGGAGCAGAGUCGUGAAGGGGCUAAAGCUUUGCGAAUCGGUAAUUCAAUUGCCCGGCCACUUUUGGCGAUGAGAUUAUCGGGUCCUCAGACAGUAAAUGCAGCCGCUGGACAUGGGAGAGCUAGUUCUGGUAAUUCGGGAUCCAGUGGUUCGAGCGGUGGUAGCUCUGCAGGAAGUGGUGGUGGUUAUUCGGGUUCUGGGUCAGGUGGAGGUGAUAUUGGUGGAGGUGCUAUGGGUGGUGGUGGAGCUGGGGCUGGGGCUGGGGGUGGAGCCAGUGGUGGUGCUGGAAAUGGAGGUAUGAAUCCUGGUGGUAAUGGUGGUCGGGGUAAUUAUGGACCAAGUUCACCACCUUCGGGUUCACUUCCCCCGUUUUAUGAAUCGCUAAAAGGUGGGAAUAAUCUAGCUAAUUUUGUAAAUCAAUAUACGGGACAGAAUGGUGGAUUUUUGACGCCAACUAACGUUGGUAUGGAAUGUGAUACUGGGCAGCAAGAUAUUCAGCAGCAAUACAACUCGCAAGAGGGUAAACAAUACUCAUUGAUGCAGAAUGUAUGCGCCUAUGGGCUAGUGCUUAAAGAAGAAACUGACGAAGACGAGUUAGGCGAUUAUAAGAUUCAGCCCAAUGACUUACUGUCUGGACAGUACGGAACUUACGAUGUCACUGACUCGGGAAUGAUGGUUGACAUGGUAACCGGUGCCGUAGUAGAUCCUUUGCAGUUUACUGCAACCCUCACAUUUAGCUCACCAACGGAUCACACGGCACUCCUAGAAAGCUUGGCAGCAGACGCUACAGAAUUAUUUCUGCCACGUUUGCCAGCUGAUGAAGGAGGCAACGAUCUACUGGAAGAUUCACUCCAUUCUCCUGGAUCAGCCACUAGCCUCGGCCACGAUGGACAGAUGGCUACCCCUGUAGAACCUUCAGUAGACCCAUUCCCUGAACACAGUAUGGCUCUUCGAGGUUUCGAUACCACAAGACAUUACAACGCGAAUCAAUUUUCCCUGUCAAAGUUAUCAGCAAUAACUUCGUAUCCUUCCGAUGAGUCUAGUUAUCAGCCGCUUGCCAAAGAACGCCCUGAAUUGGCGUUACACAUCAACAACCAAAAUCAGACGCAUCAGGAACCGCAGCUCCAACAACUACAGAUUCAGGUCCAGAUGCAACAGCAGCAGCAACAACAACAACCUGCCACAUCCCCACAUCAGCAUCAUCAUCAGGGAUUGUUGAGCCCUGGUCUCACCUUCUCUGGAAGUGGUUUAGACCUCGAUACCGGAAGCAGUACAGGCGGUAGUUUACCCAGUCCAGGUGCCGGAAGCUGUUCCAUUGACGCAACUUCAACAAGUACGUCACCAGCGUGCGGACUUAUGGAACACGCACCAAGUCCAUCGGGUGUCACAGCAACUGUGAGUUCAUCAAUCAGCGUUGGCGACCCGUCCUUAACACAACGGCCUGGCGUACUCCAGCAGAGGUUGGGACUUCCGGGUGAUUGUCAAUUGGAAUUCGUGAAUGGCGGUCAUGGAAUCAAAAAUCCAUUGGCUAUUGAGGGACAGCGGCAGACUAGUAAUCGCGACGAGGAACGCGUUAGCCGACCAGCUUCUGGCAAAGACGAUGAUCCAAAUCGUUUCUCCUGCCGCAUUUGCAGCAAAACUUUUAGCUUACAACGGCUACUAAACCGCCACAUGAAAUGUCACAGUGACGUUAAACGUUACUUGUGCACAUUCUGCGGCAAAGGUUUCAAUGAUACAUUUGACCUCAAGCGCCACACACGAACACAUACUGGCGUAAGGCCGUACAAGUGCAAUCUCUGCGAGAAAAGUUUUACACAGAGGUGCUCACUCGAGAGCCACUGUCUCAAGGUUCACGGUGUUCAGCAUCAGUACGCUUACAAGGAGAGACGGACAAAGGUCUACGUUUGUGAAGAGUGUGGACACACAACUCAGGAGCCCGAAGUCCACUAUAUUCAUCUCAAGGACAAACAUCCUUACAGUCCAGCCCUGCUGAAAUUUUACGACAAACGACACUUUAAAUUUACCAACACUAAUUUCGCUAAUAUGCUACUGCAGGUGCGCACCUAAGAAAAAAAUUAUAUAUACAUAUACUCCUCUCGCCUACUUUCGCCCUUCAAGUACCUAAUCGUGAUUCUCUUCGGCGACUUAUUUGAUUUUCAUUAGCAAGAAAAAAAACUUACGAACGAUCGAUCGUUUUUCUGACACCGAUUUAAUUGUUAAUCUAGUAACCGGAAACUAGGACUCAGUAUUUUUAAAUUGUUAAAUGAUAAAAGAAAUUAAUUUAUUAUUUUUAAUGUAUAUAACUAUCGACUAUCGGGUGGUGGCGGGAAUUUCUUUAAAUAAAUGGGUAUAUUCGAAAAAAAAAAAAAAAAAAAAAAAAAA